AUUGACUGCAUCUCCCAGAUUAAGAGUCUUCCCCAUAAUUUCGAUGAAUGGGCAAUUUACUGGAUAUAAGGGGAUAACAAUCUAUAUUGCUGACAAAGAAUUGACAAGCCGAAUUGAGCCGCUGUAUUUAUACACGGUGUGUUGGGAGGAGCGUUUUAUUCACAGGUCUUCACAUGAACAUGCCACGUGACUUUAGUUUAGUUUUACACAACGAUAACCUGCACUUAGGCUACUGUUUUUCGGUUCACUCCUGUGGCCACUAAUUGUCACUUUUAUCCGAACAAAUAAACCGCACCAUGAAAGGGGUACAAGUUUCAGACACACCAAUGGAAUUCCUGGUGGAGUACCUAACGAGAGCCCAGGAGAUAUGUGAUGGAAUGGCUCACAUUCCGGCGGAGCUGAAGGAUAACCUGGGAAAAGCUUUAGAAUUAGCCAGUGGCCUAGACCACUACUUGGAGGGAAUGACGUCAAAGGAAAGUGAACAGCUAGCAGAACUUAACGCGGAAACAGUCUCACACGACUGGGAUCAAGCAUACAAAGAUGGGAAGACUAUGUUUUGCCUGCCAAAGGAGUGCAUUACUGGCCAUGUAGAAGGCCAGACUCUGAAGAUGUUGGUGCGCAUGAGUAAAGCCCGGCGGGUUCUGGAGGUAGGGAUGUUCACAGGCUAUGGAGCUCUGUCCAUGGCUGAGGGGCUUCCCCAGGACGGACAGCUCGUAGCCUGUGAGCUGGAACCCUACCUGAAGGAGUUUUCCCAGCCUUUUUUUGACAAGUCUCCUCACGGCAAGAAGAUAACUGUGAAAACUGGCCCGGCCAUGGAUACCCUGAAGGACUUGGCGGAUGCCGGAGAGCAGUUUGACAUGGUAUUCAUUGACGCAGACAAAAACAACUACAUAAACUACUACAACUUCAUCCUUGAUAACGCUCUGCUGCGUCUGGAUGGGGUGAUCUGCGUGGACAACUCUCUUUUCAAGGGGAGGGUUUAUCUCCGAGAGGUCGAGGACGAGAACGCCAAGGCCCUGCGACGGUUCAACCAAUUUGUUUGUGAUGAUCCACGCGUUGAGCAGGUCAUCGUGCCCCUCAGAGAUGGUCUCAGCAUCAUCCGUCUGGUUCCUAUGGCUACCGCCUCCACUCUCCAACAGAGCCCGAUAACAGACGACGUGGUGUUCAGGGGUGUGGGCGGAGCCUCGGUUCUGGGCCGCAUGCGUCUGGACGGUAAGGUGGCCUACGUGACGGGCGCCGGCCAGGGCAUCGGCAGGGGGUUCGCCCACGCCCUGGGGGAGGCGGGCGCCAAGGUGGCGGUGGUGGACAUUGACGAGGCGAAGGCCAAGAGCGUCGUGGAGGAGCUCACUCUCAAAGGGAUCCGUAGCAUUCCGAUUGUAGCUGACAUCAGCGAGUCAGAAGACGUCCAGAGGAUGGUCGACACGGUGGUCUCCACGUGGGGGACGAUCCACAUCGCCUGCAACAACGCUGGCAUCAACAUGAACUCUGCCAGUGAGGACACCACCCUGUCAGAGUGGGACAAGACCUUCAACGUCAACCUCAGGGGGACCUUCAUGUGCUGCCAGGCUGCAGGUCGCGUGAUGCUGAAGCAAGGAUACGGCAAGAUCAUAAACACAGCUUCCAUGGCCAGUCUAAUAGUACCACACCCCCAGAAGCAGCUGUCCUACAACGCCUCCAAGGCAGGAGUGGUGAAGCUGACGCAGACGCUGGGCACGGAGUGGAUCGACAGAGGUGUCAACGUCAACUGCAUCUCACCGGGUAUUGUUGACACUCCUCUCAUCCACUCUGAGAGUCUGCGGCCCCUGGUGCAGCGCUGGCUGUCAGACGUCCCCGCUGGAAGGCUGGCGCAAGUGACAGACCUUCAAGCAGCACUGGUCUACUUGGCAUGUGACGCGUCCAACUACAUGACAGGGCAUAACUUAGUCAUAGAGGGUGGGCAAAGUCUGUGGUAGAGAGAGGGAGUGUGAGCAGGAGGGAAAGAGGUGCGUCUGGGAAAAGAGAGGAAAUAAAGAGAAGAGAAACUUUGGGUCGCACUCCAGGGAAUUGGCGUAAGACCGUAUCAUCUUUAGUUUUGCAUGCACGGUUCGAAAUAUUUCUCAGGAUUUAUAUUCUCAUGAACUUCUUGGAUGGCAUGAUUAUUUUUACGGCAAUUGAGCUGCAGAUCCAUUAUUCAGAUCACUGCCACCCAAUGUGUUAUUCCCCUUCCGUAGAAAUUUUCAGCGGGCUUAAUUUGACAGUCGGUUCAACUGGACUUUAAACUGGGGUUACAAAAGGUACUGUGAAAUGGGUCCAAUAUACUGUAGGUCCAAUUUUUGUUAUUGUCUGCAUAUUGUUCACACAAACUGAACUCUGAUGAAACAAGCUGUUAAUGACAUUCCUAACCUCCACCAAAUUAAUCGGUCUAUUUGUAUUGUAGAAUUGUAUUAAAUUAAAUGAUAUCUCAUUUAUAAAAAAAUAUACCUGAAUAAAUCUUUUCUUGGGUAAAAAUCUC